UUCUCGCUGCUUAACGAUAAUAAGGCGUUCUAGCUGCAGAGUACCAGCGUGAAACUCCUUGUGUGUAAUCUGUUUGCAAAUUUGUCGAGAAAAUAAUAUUUUGGGAUAUACUGCUGCGACACUGCGCAACUGUCGGAACAAGAACUAGGCAGUCAGUUUGUUCGGCUGGAGAGAGUGAGCUAUAUGACUGCCUGGAUAUCUUGAUUGACGAAGCUGUGCGCCGUUUUUGAGCAGAAACGGAACUUUUAGAAGUUACAUAAAAAGCUUGAAGAAGCCGCAUUAGUUGCACCGUCUGCUUCGCUGCCGGCAACAAUGAGCUGCCUAAAGGAAGAAACUCGAAGUGUGUCCCCUCACUGCCCCAAACCCGAUGAGCCCGAGGAGCCGCUGGGCACAGCCAUUGAGACUGCAGCUACUGAAGAUGUGAAUACGACGUCCAAAGUGGUGAUCACUAAGGAAAUGGAGGAGGAAGAGAAUAAGCUGAUGGAGCAAGGGGAAAGGAAAGAGAGGGAGAUGAUGGAAAAGGCCCGGGAGUCCUGGGAGAGGGACUCCCACGACAUGCGGUUCAAGAGGCUGCAGCAUUUGCUUCAGAAGAGCAACAUCUACUCUAAAUUUCUGCUGACGAAAAUGGAGCAACAACAGAAUGAGGAGACACUCAGGAAGGGGAAGCUUGAGAAGAAGGCCAAGAAGAUGCCAAAUGCCAAAGGUCCACAGGCUGACAAAGGUAAAAAGAAGAGGAGGAGAGAUGAAGACUACAAAAUAGCAGAUGUGAUGUCAAAAGAAGAAAUCAUGUCACAAGCAAAGAAAGCAAAAGUGGAAGAAGGGGAAGAGGUGCCAGCUCAGAAGAAACUAGAAGCUGAGGAUAUUGAGAAGAUGAGCGAUUCCAACCAAGACAUAAAGAACCGUCUGUCAGAGACGGUGCGGGACAAUGCUAAGCAUCUCCUGGAUCCUCACAGGAAGGUGAAUGGGCAGCCAGUCCCUGUCCAGCAGCCGCAGCUCUUCACUGGAGGCAUCAUGAGGUGGUACCAAAUUGAAGGCAUCGAGUGGCUGAGGAUGUUGUGGGAGAAUGGCAUCAAUGGGAUCCUGGCUGAUGAGAUGGGCCUGGGAAAGACCAUCCAGUGCAUCGCUCACAUUGCCAUGAUGAUAGAAAAAAAAGUGUUGGGCCCCUUCCUGGUGGUGGCCCCUCUCUCCACUCUGCCCAACUGGAUCAAUGAAUUCAAGCGCUUUACACCAGAGGUGUCUGUGCUGCUUUACCAUGGUCCUCAGCCAGAGAGGGCCAAGCUGCUGAAACAGAUCUGCCGGCCUCAGGGGCCUCUCAGCAUGUGUCCUGUGGUCAUUACCUCCUUUGAGAUCUCCAUGAUUGACAGAAAAUUCUUACAGCGCUUCCAGUGGAAGUAUCUGAUAGUGGAUGAAGGCCACAGAAUCAAAAACCUCAACUGCCGGCUGGUGCGGGAGCUGAAGACGCUGCCCACUGACAACAAGCUGCUGCUGACGGGGACGCCACUGCAGAACAACUUGGCCGAGCUCUGGUCCCUCCUCAACUUCCUGCUGCCAGAGGUCUUUGAUGACCUCAAGAGCUUUGAGUCGUGGUUCGACAUCAACUCCCUUGGAGAGGCUGAGAGUGUGGUGGUUGCUGAACGUGAGCAGAACAUCCUAAGCAUGCUGCAUCAGAUUCUGACUCCGUUCCUGCUGAGGAGGCUGAAGUCGGAUGUGGCGCUGGAGGUUCCUCCUAAGAAGGAGAUCAUCGUUUACGCUCCUCUGUCAGCCAAACAGGAAGCUUUCUACACUGCUGUUGUCAACAAGACCAUUGCUAAGAUGCUGGGCAAGGAAAAGGCAGAGGCUCCUGUAGCACUGACGCCCAGCGGCAGGCCGAAGCGCCGCAGCCAAAAGGUGGUGGACUACAGAGAGACGGAGGCAGACACCCCGUACAACCUGGAGAAAUAUCUGGAGAGGGUUCGCAAGGAGCUGGAGCCAAGCUGCCGCCCAGUGCUGGAUGUCCAGAGCCCGCUGGACACUCAGAUCAACCUGAAGCUGCAGAACAUCCUCAUGCUGUUAAAGAGAUGCUGUAACCACCCGUACCUGGUGGAGUACCCUCUCGACCCCACCACAGGGGAGUUCAAGAUUGAUGAGCAGCUGGUGCAGAGCUCCGGGAAGUUUCUCAUACUGGACAGACUGCUGCCGGCACUGAGGAAAAGGGGACAUAAGGUUCUGAUCUUCAGUCAGAUGACGUCCAUCUUGGAUAUUCUGAUGGAUUAUUGCUAUCUGCGGGGCUUUCAGUACAGCCGCCUGGAUGGCAGCAUGUCCUAUGCCGACAGAGACGAAAACAUGGCCAGGUUUUCCAAGGAUCCAGAGGUGUUCAUCUUCCUGCUGAGCACCCGAGCAGGAGGACUGGGCAUCAACCUGACCGCUGCCGACACCGUCAUCAUCUUUGACAGUGACUGGAACCCGCAGGCAGACCUGCAAGCUCAGGACCGCUGUCACCGCAUAGGACAAACGAAACCAGUAGUUGUGUACCGCCUGGUCACAGCCAACACAAUUGACCAGAAGAUCCUGGAGAGGGCCUCUGCCAAGAGGAAGCUUGAGCAGAUGGUCAUCCACAAGAACAGGUUCAAAGGUGGGAAGGCAGAGCUGAACCAGAGCAAAAGCUGCAUUGAUCUGGAUGAGCUGCAGGAGCUGCUCAGAGCCAGAGGCCCUGAGAGGGAGGUUAAAGCUUCAAAAGGGAACGUGAUCAGUGACAAGGACCUGGAGAUCCUGCUGGAUCGCAGUGACCUGCUGGACAAAGAAAAGGGCGGCGUGAAGAAGGAGAAAGUGGGCGUGUUUAGAGUGAUUGACAGCAAAGAGUCGUCAGAGAUCACUCUGGGCUGAGACCGCAGGAACAUUGAAGACCCAGGCGACGCUGUGCUGGACCUGCUGUCGUCUCUGUGGAGUGAGGUUUUACUGUUUCGUUGCUCUGUGGUGUUGAACCACCGUCCCUCUAUGACUGAACUUGACACUAGGAUGUUUUUCAGCCUUCAGCUUCAUGGAAACGAUCAAAACUAAUUAAAGCUGCCACAAGAAACAAGAAGCUAAUUCUCCCGGUCCGCUGCCUGCUAACAUGCACAAACGGGACUGUUAGAAAUCCCCUUUAAACCCAUUCAUCUGUACUGACAGUACUUGGAGCACUUAUGCUGCUGAAGUGUUUAUGUUCU